AUGGACGACAAAGAACAGCAACAAGAGGCACCGGCCCCUAGCCCGCCAUCUCGCAGGCGCAUUGCGCUCACCAUCUGCUUCCACUCAUCGUGCGCAAUCUGGAGCACGAUUCUCUCAAAGUCAGCCCUCAAUGGUAUCGAGGCUCCAGUUACUCUGCUUGCCCUGCAGACGACCGUCCAGGUGCUUUUGUUGACGACAAUUGGGACGAUCACGGGAUGGAUUCAGCUGCAGCGACCAAGUUCAGCAUGGUGGUCUCUUCUCCCUCUGACGAUAGCCCGAUUAGUCGGCAUCCUUGCAAAGACAUAUUGUCUUGCAUCGGUCAACGCCUCAGUCUACCAGAUCGCCCGUGGCCUUCUCCUGCCAUUCACACUCCUUCUGUCGCUGCUCGUCCUCAGGCCGCGUCCUUACUACCCGCCAGUCUCACUGGUCGGCUGUGCCAUGGUCAUGGCCGGUUUCGGCGCGGGAAUGGCCGCGGACUACAGCCAGGUCCUGACCAGCGGCAAGGGCAUCCUGCUCGGCGUUGGGUCUAGCUUCACCACUGCCAUCGAGUCCGUCGUCGUCAAGCGCUUCCUCGGCAAGAGUAGCGAGGGUAUGUGGCAGAUGGUCUGGAUGUCCAAUGUCAUGGCCCUGGUCUUCUACGUGCCCCUGCUACCUAUGUCAGGCGAGCUCGGCACCUUCUUCAGCCUGUUCAACAUCAACGGCAACGGCAACGACCUUGAUGCCGCCACAGAAGGCAGCAAGGCCCUGCUCCACAAGUUUCUCGGCUCUGCUAUGCUGACGGGGCUGUCGGCUUUCCUGCUCACCAUUGCCACGUUCAUGCAGAUUGAGGUCACCAGUCCGACCACCCACAUGAUCGUCACGGCUGGACGUGGUGUUGCUCAGAGCUCACUUGCUAUCGUCGUGCUCGGCGAGAUUGUGACGGCAGACCGCGUGGGCAGCAUGGCGCUCAUCCUCGCAGGAACUGCUCUCUACGGUUGGGCCAGUGACCGCUACAACCAGCAGAAGAAGAAGCGGGCGGCACGUGGUGAUUAUGUCCUGGUGGACAAUCAGGAGAUGCAGCUCGACGCCCAGGACAAGGAAGCUGCGCAAUGGAGGCAAGGGGAGAAGUAG